AUGUCUACGGAACAAUCAUUCAGUUCGACUAUUCCAUUGGGUGAUGGCCAAGAAGGAGAAGAAGAUUCGCCAUAUACUAUGAGUGGUUCAGAUUUUGGUGCAGUCCCUGAAACUGUUUUGGAAGAAGAAGUUACAAUUGAAGUUGUGGGUGAUAAAAGGAAGACAAGAUCUGAAGUCUGGGGCCAUUUUGAGCAUAAAAUAAUUGAUGGCAAGCAGAGAGCAAUUUGUGUACAUUGUGGAAAAAGUUUGUUAGGUGAUCCAAAGCAAGGUACAACACACUUGCGCAAUCACUUGAACAGGUGCAAGGAAUAUCAAAAAAAGUGUGGAGAGCAAAAACAUUUCAAAACCGAGCAAAAGAAGAGUGAGGAUGGUUCUUAUGUGCUUAACCCUGAAAAAGCAAGACAAGCUCUUGCUAGAAUGAUCGUCGCCCACGAAUAUCCAUUAGCUGUGGUUGACCAAUCAAAACCAAGGUUCAUUCAUGUGCGUGCUCCUCAUAGUGGAAGAGCUCUUGGGGAUGUCUUGAUUCGGUGCUUGAAGGAUUGGAGUUUGGAUGGUAAGUUAUCAACUUUAACCCUUGAUAACUGUUCUGCGAAUGAUAAAAUGAUUGAAUAUAUUUUGGAUGAUAUUUCACAUAGCAAACUCAUCUUGGGGGGUCGCAUUUUUCACAUGCGAUGUUGCGCUCACAUCUUGAAUUUAGUUGUAAAAGAUGGGUUGUCUGUAAUUUCUGGUGCCAUUGAGAAGGUUAGAAAAAGUGUUAAUUAUUGGACAUUAACACCUAAAAGAGAAGAGAAAUUUGAAGAUGCUUGUUUACAACUAAAUUGUCCAUUUAAGAAACCGGUUGUUGAUUGCAAAACUCGGUGGAACUCUAUCUUUUUAAUGCUCCGAGUUGCAAUUGAAUACAAGGCUGUUUAUGAGCGGUUGUCACAGAGAGAGAAAGAGUAUGAAGACUCACCUAGUGAAGAUGAGUGGAAAAUGGCUGAAGAAAUUUGUCUGAAGUUGGAAUUGUUUUAUGAUGUAACCAACUUGUUUUCUGGUAGAUCUUAUCCCAUGCAUAAACCCUGA